GUCCAAAUUUACCCGAGAUGAAAGAUAACAGACUCUGUCGUCGAAUCAUUACGAAAUCUCAUUGGAGAAACUUGGAAAUCCACGCAAAGAUUACGUAAUUCAAAGAGAUUGAUCAGUAUCUUCGUCGUCAUCUGAUUUAUAAUAAUGGCAGUACAGCGACCGAUAAACCGAGGAGACCUGCAGAUAAGACACAGAAAUAGGCCUGAAAAAAAAAAAAAGAAAAAAGAAAAAAUUGGAUUGAUAUGGGGAAAAAUGAGGAUAUGGCAGGGGUAAUUCCCAUAACCUGGGGCAGGUGGGACAGUCUUUUCCGGCAUUUGCUGUGAAACAGGGGAACGUUAAAAUCAUGAAAUGGAAGUUGAAACUGAAACAUCCCUCCCUUCCCAUCGAUUUAUAUUUGUCGGGAGCAUACAUGACCGCCACAGCCAGCGAAGGCGGCCGAGAUCCGGUGGGCAGUUGGGAAAUGUUCUGCUUUGUAUGGAAUAUUUGUCAGUUUACUUGAACGAUCUACAAGUGUAACGAAACCCGCUGGUUUGGGAAAUGGUGGGGUAAGAGUGUUGGGCUUAUAUCGAAGGAACCGCGGGACUUUCACAAUAAUCUGUAUGUGUGAUUAAUCAUGAUGACGAAAACUAUGAUCAGCUUUGUCCUUAUUUUGGAGGAUGAUCAGAUUGGAUAGCAAAGCCGUCUUUUGGACAAAUUAUUUUCUUUCUCGUUCUCGAUGAAAACUAUGUUAACAUUUGUCAUUAUGUUGAAGGAGGAUCAGAUUGGGUGGCAGAGCCAUCUUAUAUCCAAAGUAUUUUCCCUCUUUUUGGCUUUCUUUAUACUUGUUCCUUUUCCCACACCGUUGCUGCAGACCAAUUUGGCCUUUCCAUUUUUUGUCAGCGCGAAAUACAAUGCACUUGGGAUUUCACGAGCUUUAGCAAGGUUGAGUAUGCAUGCAAGCAAUCAUGUUGUACUGCUUCUAAAACAGACGCCAAAGUAUGGAUUUUUUGACUUCUAGCAUGAAUCAUCAAAGAGUUGAAGUAAAUGAACAAAGAGGAUCAGGUCAUUCAAGAGUUUCUAGUCCAGACCGUAGUGCUGUUACAUCAUGUGGUCCAGGGUCAGCAAAGCAACGAUUACGUUGGACGGCUGAGCUUCAUGAGCGAUUUGUUGAAGCAGUUACUCAACUUGGAGGUGCUGAUAGAGCCACACCUAAGGGUGUACUUAGGGUUAUGGGCGUUCAAGAUCUCACUAUCUAUCAUGUUAAAAGUCAUUUGCAGAAAUACCGACUUGCAAAAUAUGUACCUGAGUGUCGAGAAGGAGACAAAUAUGAUAAGAGAAAGGCUUCUGAAGUUAUACCAAACAUAGAUGCCACAUCCGGAAUUCAGAUCACAGAAGCUCUUCAAAUGCAAAUGGAAGUGCAGAAGCGUCUUUAUGAACAACUUGAGGUACAAAAGCAUUUAAAGUUGAGGAUCGACGCUCAAGGGAGGUAUCUAGAAAAGAUUAUGGAAGAACAUCAGACGGUUUCCCCCAAGUGUCAAACAGACUCUUCGUCUCCAUCAUCUUUUCAUGACCCCAAUGGAAAUGCAGGAGGAACCAAUGAUUCUAGAAUUGCAAGGCAGGAUGACAGAGAAAAUGAAGUACCUGUUAAUAGGAUGUCACAUCAUAUAUCCCAAAACGAUAGAAAUACUAUUGUGACUUCCUCAAUUGUGGAUAAACAGCAGAAGACUUCAUUGCUAUAUGAAAGGGUACCAUCCCCAAACAACAAAGAGUUUGGGACAGUUCAAAAACGAAUUCGAGUCGAUGAUAAUACAGGGCAACAAACACACGAGAGUAUAAUGUAUCUGAAGCAUUACCAGAGCAUGAUGUCAUGCUCAGGUCCCCAGUUCGAAUUUCCUAUUGAAUUGCAAUCUCAACAGCUAGAAGCACAAGCAUCAGCAACAGAGCCCCAUCCAAGCCUAUUUACACCAACAAUUUUACCACCUCCAAAUUCUCUUCUUGUAUCUGAUGCUGAAUUUUCGAGUGUUUUAAAUAGCAUGGGCAGUAACCAAAAUAUACUCUCAUUGCAACCUGGGUUGUUUCAGCCAUCAUGGAUGUAAACACAUAAUGCCAUAAACAAAAGAAUACCCAUGUAAAUGGAAGGCUUCAAAGUGCUUCUCUCAAGUUAAUCAAAAGGCUUAAUCUAUACCAACAUUAUGAUUUGCAAUAUAGGUGAAAAAAAUUUACUUGUCUGAGUUGAGCAAGACCAUAUUCAUGUAUGCAUUAUCAUCUUCAUGAUCAAUGGAGUUAACAGAACUUUAAUUUCACUUUGGUUCAAUAUGUCAGUCAUACUUAGUAAGACCUCUCUUUUAUGAUUUCAAGCUCAAUUGGGAAGGUAGCCAUGGCGUGUAUUGUAACUAAUGAUAGAUCUACCUUAUUCAAAACAUCUUUAAGGUUGUUACCUGUAGCAAUGCAUGUAACUAAACCAGAGGUAUUUCUUCAUACAGGCAACUUCGGCUAAGAUUUAUUGCCAUUUCUCCAUACCAUUCUGUAAAUGAGAGGAGAGGAAAAAUAUGAUCUAUUGGGUUGGAAACCCCUCCUAAUAUGGGAUCAAAUAAUUCAACUUUGGU